CUUUGACAGCAAGUAAUUAGCCUGUCAACUGUUUCGAUACUUGUCAUCUGUCAAAGUCAGUCUUCACAAGAAAAAAAUCAUAAAAUGUGUGGUGGUUCCGUAAAAUUGUAAUUUUCUAUACAUUUACUGACUGAAAGUUUGCAGCAUAUGCAAAAUUUGUAACCAUAUUUAUUUUCUUAGCUACCUGUUGUAUAUAUUUUUAGUAAAAAAUGGGUAAUGUACACGCUUACUCCAGUACACCACCACCCCCGGGAGCAAUACCAAGAAAAGAUCCAUGUGAUCCUGCUUCAAAACAGUUAAUCGAAAAUCCCGGGCCCCUAGAAGAAAUUCACACAAAGUGCAAAAAUGUAUUUCCAACUUGUUUUGAAGGUGCUCGGGUAAUGCUUACAAGAGGACUUAGUAACCAUUUUCAAAUUUCACACACUAUUAAUAUGAGCUCAGUGACGCCGAGCGGAUACAGAUUUGGUGCUACUUAUGUAGGUACAAAACAAAUAUCACCGUCAGAAGCUUACCCUAUAUUAUUAGGUGAUAUAGACCCCUCAGGAAAUCUCAAUGCGACCAUUAUCCAUCAACUAUGUCCUAAUGUUCAAGCUAAAUUUGCAGCACAGAUACAAAACUCCAAAUUUCAAGUGGGUCAGUUGACAACAAAUUACAGAGGCCAUGACUAUACUGCCAGUUGUACAGUAGUAAAUCCUGACAUAAUAAACAGUUCUGGAGUGGUAGUUCUUCAUUACCUCCAAUCUGUUACAACCAGAUUAGCUCUGGGUACAGAACUUGCUUAUCAAAAGGGACCUGGCAUUCCAGGAGGAGAGAUAGCUUUGCUAAGUGCAGCUGCAAAGUAUUCAACUGAAAAUGUACAAGUGUCAGGCACAUUAGGUGUAUCAGGUAUUCACCUAUGUUAUUACCAGAAGGCUAGUAAACAAUUACAAAUUGGAGUUGAAUUAGAAGCAAAUCACAGAAUGCAAGAGGCUUUAGCAUCAAUUGGUUAUCAAGUAGAUUUGCCUAAAAGUGAAGUAGUAUUUAAAGGUCACAUUGAUUCGAACUGGUCAGUAGGGGCAGUUUUAGAAAAGAAACUGAGCCCAUUGCCCUUCACAUUAGCUCUUAGUGGAUUGAUGAAUCACAAUAAAAACCAAUUUAGACUUGGUGUUGGAAUAUUAAUCGGGUAGACAUUUUUUUAACAUUAGUCUAAAAAUUGAUUGUUGGACUAUUACCAAUUAAAGUUUUACGAAAUAAUUCAAAUGCAUUUUUUAUCAGUCUUUGUUUCAUAAGCGCCUCUUCAAAAGAGAUUUAUUAAAUUCAAGUAUUGCAUUUUUUUAGUUGUUUUGUAGUCCCAUUUCUUUUGUAAAUUGUUAGACACAACAUGCACUGCUAUUUUUUUUAUAUUAAGUGCUAAUUUUUUAGAUUUGUAUAUUAUUUUUCUGAAAAAUGUGUUGAAUAUGAAUUACAAAAGUUUUUGUUACUUUUUUUUUACAGAGAUGUAAAUUACUAGAAAAAAUAUAUUGUUGAAA